CAAUUAAUGGCAACCCAAAGGUGCCAAGACACUACCUGCAGAGACCAAGUAGAGGUCUAUGUUGAGCAAGUAGAUCAAUGCUACUGAGCUUCAUGUGCUGGGCUGUUGCAUAGCAGUAAGACUCAUGUGCAUAUACCGAAUCCUAAAGCGAGUUAUUCCUGUAUCGAGCAAGGAUAUCAUAUAGUGAAAAAAGUUAAUGAAAUGACGAAGGCAAAGAAACUAAACAAGGUAUGGGCUAAGUUCUUACCUGAGCUUACAGAGUUUGAAGCUGAGUUGAAAGAGCUCAGAGAGAGGUAUUAUGAAAUCACUGAGAACAGAACUCUGAUAGAGCUCCCUUCGCUCCAAAAAAAUUGCUUUGAUUUCAUAACUAAACUUUAUGAGUCUGAAGCUUUGCAGUCUUACUUGAGAGAACACAUGGUUCUUAGCAUGAAGCUUGAUAAAGAUCAAAUUGAAUGCUCUUCAAAUAGAAAGAGUGAAGACCAAAGAAAAACUGAGAUGCUGAGUUUAGUUGAUAAAGCUAGCCAACUAAAUCAAGAAACGAAUCUUCAAAAUCAAGAACCUAUUCAGCAAAUUAGCGAGGCCCACCCUCCACCUCUUGCUGAACAACAAAAUUCAUCAGAAAUGAAAGAUAAGCUCGACGCCAUUGCAAUUUCCCUUGAAGAAAUAAAGAACAAAGACAAUCAAGUCAUUAUUCAAGAAGAGAGAAAGCAUAUGGACGAUGAUUCUUCUGGAGAACUUGAAGAAAUGAAAUAUGAAAUUGAAUCUCUCUCACAAAAACUUCAAACUCAGAACCAAAUACCCACUCACGAGUCCUUCAAUGAGCUCUACCAGAAAAUAACAGGAACUACAGGAACAACAUUCAAUAGCGGAUCUAAUCUUAAACUCGAUCUCUCUAAUACAACAUCUCAAACUCUCAUAAGAUGUCUCCAAUUCUACAAACUACCUGAGCUGCACAAUGUUGAAAUCCUAAACAUACACCAAUUCAACCAACCCGAAGUCAUCUCCAACUUCAUGAAGAACGCAAUCCAUCCCAAAAUAAAAAACUUCCACCUAUACUUCACUACCACCACAGAGAAAAGCUUCAGUAAAAACUUCAGCCCCAACUACUACGAAGCUCUUAAACAAGUUGCUUCUGUUAUUCCUCAAUUCAUUUACAUCAACAACUUCACUCUCAGCCAGACUGAGUACCAAGACUUGCUUGUGGCUGCCAAGAAGUGUAAACGGUUUUAUACUAAUUACUGCUAUGUUGAGUUUAAGGAAGAGUGCAAGUUUGGAAAUAGGUUGGAUGAUGCUGAGUUUGUGGAUUUGAGUUUAUAUGAAACUGGAGGUGAUAAGUAUGGAAAGUGGAAGCAAGAAGGGUUUGGGCAGUUUAAGAAUUUUAUUACAGGGUUAGCGAAAGUUCAGUAUGUUAAAGAUACCCAGAUUAAUAUUUAUCUUGAUAAUUGUGGAAUGACAAAAGCUGAAGCAAGACAAAUGCUUGAUAGUGUUGGGCUCAAGAAUAUGAUCCCUCAAGGUGUUUCAUAGGGUGUUUCUAAAAUUUCAAUUCAAGUAA